AUGGGAGACUCGAUUGUGGAGGUCAACAUGAAUAGUGGAGUUGCAGGCGCACUGUUCCAGGGAGAUAUUGUCCUUACAAAGGAACAACAAGAGCAAAUUGCUGAGGAUAUUAGCGGAGCCCGUGCUAAAAGACAAGCUUUUGAUAAGAAAGGAUGGAAGGCAGAGUUAUGGUCAGAAGGAGUUCCAUACAUGUUUGAUUAUCAUGUUACAAACCAAGAGACUAAAGAUGCCUUCAGCAAAGCAGCUCAUUUAUGGAUGGAGGAUACCUGCAUUAACUUCACUGAAUACCAAAUGCCGAAACCCGGAGAUCGUAACUGGCCAAAACGCUUGUCUGAAAUUAUCGCUUUGCCACUCAUGGCCAACAUUCCAUCCUGA